AUGGGACAACAGGGACGUCAAGUACAGACGAAGAUCAAGUAUUUCGAUGAUCCGGGUGUGCCUUUGGUGCCCAUGAUAAUUGGAGGUCCGGAACCCGGCAAGCCUCAACCUAAAGUCGAAAUCGCGACAACCAUCACCGACAUCACUGGCAGAGAGAACGAUUUCACUCUCGACGUUCAAGGAUUCCACUAUGUCAAGCAUCAAAGUCAAUUAACCAACUGGGAUGAUGAUGAGGAAAUCAAGCGGGUAAACUAUCCCGAGAUGGAGAAGUUAUGCUACAAGGUCCUAUCCGAGACCGAGAAUAUGCCCAAGCCCUGUCUAGUUCAUAUCAUGACACACAUCAUCCGCCGCGGUCCUAAGGAUGGCGAGGGCCCGAAAGGUCCGGCGCCUUUGUACGGCGUCCACGUGGACCAGUCAUUCAAGGCAGCUGAAGGAGUCGCUGAAAGAUGGCUGAAAGAGAAAGCAGAAGAACUGCUCAAGAAACCACGAUACCAGAUUAUCAACAUGUGGCGACCCAUUCGCCCGAUUAUUCGGGACCCAUUCGCGGUGUCGGAUGCCCGGACUAUACCAGACUCUGACCUGGUGUUUGUGCCAGUGCGAUUUCCGGAUCACGAUACUGAAGCCGUCGAAGUUCGCCCGCCGACUACCUCGCAGCACAAAUGGUAUUUCAAAGACCAACAACAAGUCGAUGACGUGCUGUUCUUCAAGCAAGUGGACUCAAGCACGAAGCCUGGUGUUCCUAGAAGAGUGCCUCACUGUGCCUUUAAGGAUACUGACUUGCCAGAAGGCGCUGGUGAGCCGAGGGCGAGCAUUGAGGUCCGAGCAUUUGUUUUCUACGACGAGGACUAAGUACAUGUACGCGUUUAAGGCCCAUACCUUAGUACGCGAGGAAAUAUCUCAACGGCAUUGUCGAUUUCGAGUUUUCAUAAUCGAACCAAGGCCCUCGAGAUACUCCUUGCCAAUGCCAAGUGAACAGGUGAUGUUGGAUGAAGACUGUUGAUCCACAUAUACUCAUUGGCAGCAUAGGUGCAAUUGUCCCACUUCGUGUCUGGCUCAGGUGUUCCACUGGGCC